CUGCGAGCUCGUGCGAUGAGGCGGCGGCCGGGCGAGUGCAGGCCGGCGGCGCGGCGCGACGGGCCGGCCCUGGGCCGCGGCUCCCCGUGCUGCUGAGGCGGCGGGCGGGCGCGGAGAGGCGGGCCCCGCGGGGAGCCAUGCGGGCGGCCGAGUGGCUCCCGGGGCUGCUCUGCCAGCUCGCACUCGUCGUCACCCGGUCCUGGGAAACCCGCCUCCACCCGCGGCAAGAAGCGCUGGUGCGGACCCUGGCGUCCUACGAGGUGGUGACCCCCGUGCGGGUCACCGAGCUGGGCGAAGUGUUCCCGCAGGGCCGCCACUUCAGCCGCAGGAGGCGCAGCCCCGAGGCGCCGGAGCCGCCGCCGCGCAGGACCCACUACCGCCUCCGCGCCUACGGGCAGCUCUUCCAGCUCGACCUGCGCGCCGACGCCGCCUUCCUGGGCGCCGGCUACGCGGAGGUGCACCUGGGCGGCCCCGCGCCCGGGCCGGAGGGGCACCGGGCGGCGCCCGCGGACCUGCGCCAUUGCUUCUACCGCGGCCGGGUGAACGCGCAGCGGGCGCGCACGGCCGUUUUCAGCCUCUGCGGGGGCCUGAUGGGAACAUUUAAAGCCCAUGAUGGUGACUAUUUCCUAGAGCCCCUGAUGAAGGUGGACGGGAGUGAGCAUGAAGAUGAUUCCAGCAAGCCACAUCUUAUAUACAGACGGGAAUUAAAGAGGAGCUGUUUUCUGCAAUCUCACAAGCCUUGUGAGGUUUCAGAUAUUCAGAUAAAGAAAACCACUUUACCCUUUCACAACCGUAGCAACAUGCAUGAAGAUCUUAAUAUAAAGAAGGAAAUAAUUUUAGGAGACCCUUCAAGCAGUAUGUCUUUGGAACAUGAAAGAAGUCAAUUACAUUCCAGGAAGAAACGUUUUUUAUCAUAUCCAAGAUACGUGGAAGUUAUGGUUUCAGCUGAUGCUAAAAUGGUUCAUCAUCAUGGACAGAAUUUGCAGCACUAUGUACUAACUCUAAUGUCAAUUGUCGCAGCAAUCUACAAGGACUCAAGUAUUGGAAAUCUUAUCAACAUAGUGAUUGUAAAAUUAGUUGUGAUUCACAAUGAACAGGAAGGACCAGUCAUCAGUUUCAAUGCAGCUACAACAUUACACAACUUUUGUUUAUGGCAGCAAACGCAGAACGUGCUUGACGACGCGCACCCCGCGCACCACGACACGGCCGUUCUCAUCACCAGGGAAGACAUUUGUGGAGCUACAGAGAAAUGUGAUACAUUAGGCUUAGCAGAAUUAGGUACCCUGUGCGACCCUCUGCGGAGCUGCUCUGUGAGUGAAGAAAAUGGACUCAGUGCUGCCUUCACGAUCGCCCACGAGCUCGGGCACGUAUUUAAUGUUCCACAUGAUGAUAGUUUUAAAUGUAAGGAAACUGGAAUUAAACAUCAAUAUCAUGUAAUGGCUCCAACUUUAAAUUACCACACGAGUCCUUGGACCUGGUCAAAAUGUAGUCAGAAAUAUAUCACUGAAUUCCUUGAUACUGGCCGCGGGGAGUGCCUCCUUGACAGACCCAGUGGGAGAGCCUAUGAUCUGCCUCCACAACUCCCUGGGCUGACAUACGACGGGGACAAGCAGUGUGAGCUUACGUUUGGUCCUGGAUCACAAGUGUGUCCCUAUUUGAAACAGUGCCGGCGCCUCUGGUGCACGGGGGCAGGAGGUGCUCAUCACGGCUGCCGCACCCAGCACAUGCCCCUGGCAGAUGGAACAAACUGUGGUCCUGGGAUGCAUUGCCACCAUGGGCUAUGUGUAAACAGAGAAAUGGAAUCACGUCCUGUGGAUGGUGAAUGGGGACCAUGGGGGCCUUAUAGCUCUUGCUCCCGAACAUGUGGAGGUGGAAUCAAACACACAGCCAGGCUCUGUGAUCGCCCCGAGCCCCGGAAUGGAGGAAGGUUCUGCGUGGGCCGCAGGGUGAAGUUCCGCUCGUGUAACACGGGUCCCUGCCCAGGAGGCGGGCAGGACUUCCGGGGGCAGCAGUGCUCUGGUUUCGAUGGCAGACAUUUCAACAUCGAUGGUCUUUCCCCCAACGUGCGGUGGCUUCCCAAGUACAGUGGGAUUGCCAUGAAAGAUCGCUGUAAGCUGUACUGCCGGGCUGCGGGAACCGCUGACUUCUACCAGCUGAAGGACAGGGUUGCCGACGGCACCCCUUGUGGGGCUGAGACUAACGACGUCUGCGUUCAAGGCCUGUGCCGGCAAGCCGGCUGUGAUCAUGUGUUGAACUCCAAGGCCAGGAGAGACAAGUGUGGAGUGUGUGGCGGGGACAGCUCCUCCUGCAGGACAAUGGCAGGGGUCUUCACCAGUGCUCGCUAUGGUUACAAUGUUGUCGUAAAGAUCCCCACUGGAGCGACAAGCGUUGAUAUUGUUCAACACAGCUAUUCUGGAAAACCAGAAGAUGACAAUUACCUUGCAUUAUCUGACACUCGAGGGAAUUUCCUUUUGAAUGGGAAUUUUGUGGUCAGUAUGUCAAAAAAAGAAAUCAACAUACAAGGAGCUAUUUUUGAAUACAGUGGUUCAAACAACUCAAUUGAAAGAAUUAACAGUACUGAUCGGCUGGAGGAAGAACUUGUCUUGCAGGUACUGUGUGUGGGUAAUUUAUACAACCCUGAUGUGCGUUAUUCCUUCAACAUCCCUAUGGAAGAGGGGAGCGACCUGUUCACGUGGGAUCCUUAUGGGCCAUGGCAAGAUUGUACCAAAAUGUGUCAAGGUCUUCAUAGAAGGAGAAUUACCUGCGUACGUAGGAGUGAUCAUAUGCUAGUGUCCGAUCAAAGAUGUGACCACUUACCACUCCCACUGCUUGUGACUGAAAGAUGCAACACGGACUGUGAACUAGGGUGGCAUGUCGUCAGCAGGAGUGAAUGUUCGUCCCGCUGUGGCCAAGGACACAGGUCCUUGGAUGUCCACUGCAUGAGGUACUCCGUUCACAAGGGACAGACAGUUCCAGUAGGUGACCGCCACUGCAGCGACCAGCUCAAACCUCCCACCCGGGAACCCUGUCGUGGUGGCUGUGUGACAGCAAGGUGGCAUUACUCAGAAUGGUCCCAGUGUUCCAGGAGUUGUGGAGGAGGGGAACGGUCUCGAGAAUCUUACUGUGUAAAUGGCUUGGGCCACCGUCUUGCUGACCGCGAAUGCCAAGAACUCCCCCGGGUGAUGAGAGAGAUUUGCAAUGAGUUUUCCUGUCCCAUUUGGGCUACGAGUGAGUGGAGUGAGUGUCUCGUUACCUGUGGGAAAGGAACAGCGCAGCGGCAGGUGUGGUGUCAGCUGCACGAAGGCCCCUUGAGCGAUGGCUUCUGCAACCCGAGCACCAAACCCGAAUCUCUGAAGUCAUGCGAGCUUCAUACAUGUGCGUCCUGGCAAGUAGGAGCGUGGGGUUCCUGCUCAGCUACAUGUGGACAUGGGUACCAGACGCGUGCUGUCAAAUGUGUCACUGAGCUACUUAGCACAGAGCUAGAUGACAGCGUGUGCCCCAGCAGUAAUCGCCCACCUGAUGGGCAGGACUGCAUAGUCACACCAUGCCCAGUUAUCCCUGAAAUCGAGGCCACUUCAUUACCAGCUGUUCCCACGGGAGAGAUGGCUCAGUGGCGACAUGGUUCUUGGACCCCAUGCUCUGUGUCCUGUGGAAGAGGAACUCAAGCCCGUUAUGUAAGCUGUCGUGAUGCUCAUGAUGAAAUAGCAGAUGAGUCGUGUUGUGCCCAUUCAGCCCGACCUGCUGAAAUAGCUGCCUGUUUCAGCCCUUGUGGAGAGUGGCAAACUGGGACUUGGUCACCUUGUUCAGCUUCCUGUGGCCACGGAAAAACAACACGACAGGUUUUAUGCAUCAAAUACCAUCAUCCAAUUAAUGAGCAUUACUGUGAUCCUGAAGUUCGCCCUUUGAUAGAACAAGAAUGCAACCUGGCAGCCUGCCCGCCCACAUACAGUCACUUUCCGAGUUCCUCUGAACAGCCAAGCCAUUUUCCAGGCAGGAAUUUUCCAUUAACCCACAAACCAGAAGAUAAUCAAAAUCAGGAGGUCCAUCCAUCAAUCAGAGGAGACCAGUGGAGAACAGGACCAUGGGGCUCAUGCUCGCGCAGCUGCGGCGCGGGGCUCCAGCGCAGAGCCGUGCGGUGCCGGGACGAGGACGGGCAGAGCGCCCGGCACUGCCGCGCCGCCUCCAGGCCCCCGGAGUCCAGGCGCUGCGACGCAGGACCUUGUGCUCGGUGGCGCUCCGGGAGCUGGGGAGAAUGUACAAAAACAUGUGGAGGAGGACUAAAAGCAAGAUCCGUAAUAUGUCAGUUUCCCAAUGGCCAGAUGUCACAAGAGCAAAACUGUGAAAUGUUAAACAAGCCACCUAGUGUGGCUCAGUGUCAUGGGCACGCUUGCCCUGAUGACGUGUUAUGGCAUCGGGGACCGUGGAAAUCGUGCUCAGCUUCUUGUGGUAAAGGAUUAAAAUACCGUGAGGUGCUUUGCAUUGAUCAAUUCCAAGGGAAAUUAGAAGAAAAAUACUGCAGUCAUCUACGGAAACCUCGAACUCACAAAGCUUGCAGAUCUGCCAGAUGCCCUUCAUGGAAAGCCAAUAGGUGGAAGGAGUGCCCUGUGACCUGCGGCUCUGGGGUUCAGCACAGGGACGUGUACUGUAGACUGAGAGGCACGGGUCGGGUGGCUGAAGAAAUGUGCGGUGGGGCCGCCCGGCCCCAUUCCCAGAGGCAGUGCUGGCGUCAGGACUGCACACAGUACCAGUGGGUGGCAGGAGAGUGGCUGCAGUGUUCAGCCUCAUGUAAGAAGAAGGAGACCCAUCGGCAAGUCACGUGCAUCGAUGCACGAAACAGUCACGUGAAUGACAGCUUCUGCGAUCCUUCAACCAGACCUCCUUCCGUCAAAACGUGCAGGAGCCGCCCCUGCAGGUACCUUGUGGUCACAGGGGACUCGUCACAGUGCGCGGGUAACUGUGGUUUCAGUUACCGACAAAGGAUUACAUACUGCAUCGGGAUCCAGUCGACUGAGAAAUACAAGCUCCGUGAGCUUUGGCCUGUAGACUAUCGAGAAUGCCCUGUGCCGCCUUCUCCUCAGGUUUACAAGUGCAACUUCAGAAGCUGUUUGCAUAUGGCCACUUGGAAAGUUGGGAAAUGGAGCAAGUGCUCAGUGACUUGUGGAACUGGGGUCAUGGAAAGAAGAGUAGAGUGCGUGGCUGAAAAUGGCUGGUCCAGCGACUUAUGUUUGAGGCGUUUAAAACCAGAUGCUCAAAAAAAAUGUUAUGUCAGUGAUUGUAAAACACUCAGCAGCUGCAGAGAAAUCCAAGUGAAAAACAACAUCACCAAGGAUGGCGACUAUUACGUUAACAUUAAGGGUCGGAUAAUAAAGAUCCACUGUGCUGGCAUGCAGCUGGAGAACCCCAAGGAAUACCUAUCACUGGUCAAAGGUGAAGAGGACAACUUCUCUGAAGUGUAUGGUUUUAGACUACACAAUCCAUAUGAAUGCCCCUUUAAUGGAACUAGGAGGCAAGACUGUGAGUGUAAAAAUGACUACCUGGCUGGCGGACACACUGUUUUUAGCAAAAUAAGAAUUGAUCUCACUUCCAUGCAAAUUAAAACUACCGACCUUCUGUUUGCCCAGACGCUAUCUGGGAGAGCCGUUCCGUUCGCCACAGCUGGGGAUUGCUACAGUGCGGCCAGGUGCCCGCAGGGGCAGUUCAGCAUUAAUCUGGCUGGGACUGGGAUGAAGAUAUCCGGCAGAGCAAAGUGGCUGGCGCAGGGGAGUCACGCCUCUGCCGUCAUACGCAGAUCACAGGAUGGAACCAAAGUCCACGGCAGAUGUGGAGGGUUCUGUGGGAAGUGCGUUCCCCACAUGACUACUGGCCUUCCAAUCCAAGUCAUUUGAACAUGCAGAGGUGGGAAGUGUGUCCCAAAGAGGAGAUGUUCUCUGCAACCUUCAAACACCUGGUGCUCAUUUCAUGGCCCUUUCCAGACAUUUUCAUGUGCAAAAUGCCUGUGACUUUUUCCCAUGGUGCUCAUCACGAAGUCAAAUCACCACUCACUUUUAUCAACGCCUUUGAAAUAAACUUAACAGAUGUAUGACUUUACAGGGUACGUAGGGACCUUUGAUGAAUUACACUAAGAUAAUGUUGCCGUUAACAGCUUGGACUGGACCACAAUUAUACUACACCUGUGAACACAUGCAGAUCUCUACUCGGUGCCCUAUUGGACCAUGAAAUGUUUAUCUAUUUCUUAAAAUGAAGCAAGUAAAACUUAGCAAAAUGAGCUUACUUAAAACCACUAUAAACAUUAAUGUGUCUGGCAGGUAAAUAGUGAAUUGAUAAUCACAUCAAAAAAGCACAUAGACACUAUACUUGCUACUGAUACGGCUUAGAUGCCUUGUCUUAUAUUUCCUUGAAUUUUUAAUUAUGGAUUAUGGUGCUUCAAAUAAAAAAAAGUCAUCCUAAAAUGUGGUACAAUUUUUAAUUGAAAUAUAUGCUUGGGCUAAAUUUGAAAUUCUGUGGGUAUAAUACAGAAGAUAUGAUAUAGUAGAAUUUGACUUAAAACACCUACCUCUAAUUUGAUGCACUUAUAAGAGCAAUACAUUGUUUUUAUAAUGUUUAUAUUCUAUUAUGUCUUUGUAACUCAUAUAUAUAUAUAUAUUCUUAAAAAACCUAUUUUCUCAAAGUUAUGUACUGUAUUUUAUUAAUCAAAUAUAGAAGUGAGAAGUUCUGAUGUUCUGAAGAUCUUGUUUUGGUAAACAUAAAAUUAUGUUUACAUAUGCAAAAUUUUCAUUAGAGAUGCUCGUUAUUUUAUAUCUGAGGUUUCUCAAAGCCAAGACAUAAAAGAUAACAUAAAAAUGAAGUAUUCAUGGGAAAAUUCUCAGGUAUUAAGAGAUUUUUUUAGGUGAAUAAUUUAAUUUUGUGUUAUAUAAUACAAUUUUUAAAAGAAUCAUAGACAAAACAGUGUAUUUUUAUGGUAACCUACUCUGUAAACCAAAAAACUUAUCCUACUAAUAGAUUUUUGCCAGUAAAUAAUAGUGUACUAGUUCGACCCACAGAGUUUCCCCCCCCCCCCAAACAUUUAUUAGGGUUGUAUUGUACCAUACAGUGGACUACAGCAAUUUUGUGCCAAUGUGUUUAGAGGGGCAUUUAGGGAUCUCUGUAUCAGAAACAAAGUAUUUUGCACUAUGUGCCUUAAGUCAAUUACAAACAUUAAUCCAAAAUGUGUAGCAGUUGCUAGAAAUGUUUUCUUUCAUAAUUAGAAUCUUAUACUUUACAAACAUUAAAUAAUAAACAUAUUUGUGUGAUACAUUA